GGUCCUCGGCGGCCUGGGUGGCUUCUGCCCGUGCUGCUGUCGUAGACGCGGACGGCUGUUAGUGUGGCGGCUGUUGGUUCGCGGCGGCGGCGGCGGCGGGGGAAGAGGGCGAGGCGACGGCGAGAGGAGGCGGCGGGCGCGGCGGCGACGGCGGUGCCCGGGGCCCGCGGCGGCGGCGGCGGCAGCGGCGAGGGGGGCGAAGAUGGCGGACGUGCUCAGCGUCCUGCGACAGUACAACAUCCAGAAGAAGGAGAUCGUGGUCAAGGGGGAUGAAGUGAUCUUCGGGGAGUUCUCCUGGCCCAAGAACGUGAAGACCAACUAUGUAGUUUGGGGGACUGGAAAGGAAGGCCAACCCAGAGAGUACUACACAUUGGAUUCUAUCUUAUUUCUCCUUAAUAAUGUGCACCUUUCGCAUCCUGUUUACGUCCGGCGUGCAGCUACUGAAAAUAUUCCUGUGGUUAGAAGACCUGACCGAAAAGAUCUACUUGGAUAUCUCAAUGGGGAAGCUUCAACAUCAGCAAGCAUAGACAGGAGUGCCCCCUUGGAAAUAGGUCUUCAGCGGUCUACUCAAGUCAAAAGAGCUGCAGAUGAAGUUUUAGCAGAAGCAAAGAAACCACGAAUUGAGGAUGAAGAGUGUGUGCGCCUUGAUAAAGAGAGAUUGGCAGCUCGUUUGGAAGGCCAUAAAGAAGGGAUCGUGCAAACUGAACAGAUUAGGUCUUUGUCUGAAGCCAUGUCAGUGGAAAAAAUUGCUGCAAUCAAAGCCAAAAUUAUGGCUAAGAAAAGAUCUACUAUCAAGACCGAUCUAGAUGAUGAUAUAACUGCCCUUAAGCAGAGAAGUUUUGUGGAUGCUGAGGUAGAUGUGACCAGAGAUAUUGUCAGCAGAGAGAGAGUGUGGCGGACAAGAACAACUAUUUUACAGAGCACAGGAAAGAAUUUUUCAAAGAAUAUUUUUGCAAUUCUUCAAUCUGUAAAAGCUAGAGAAGAAGGGCGUGCCCCUGAACAACGGCCCGCUCCAAAUGCUGCCCCCGUGGAUCCUACAUUGCGUACAAAACAACCUAUUCCAGCUGCUUACAACAGAUAUGAUCAAGAAAGAUUCAAGGGCAAAGAAGAAACGGAAGGCUUUAAGAUUGAUACUAUGGGCACUUACCAUGGCAUGACACUGAAAUCUGUAACGGAAGGUGCAUCUGCCCGUAAGACUCAAACUCCUGCAGCCCAGCCUGUACCUAGACCAGUGUCUCAAGCAAGACCCCCCCCAAAUCAGAAGAAAGGGUCACGAACACCCAUUAUUAUUAUUCCUGCAGCUACCACUUCUUUAAUAACUAUGCUUAAUGCAAAAGACCUUUUACAGGAUCUGAAAUUUGUCCCAUCAGAUGAGAAGAAGAAACAAGGUUGUCAACGAGAAAAUGAAACACUAAUACAGAGAAGAAAAGACCAGAUGCAACCAGGGGGCACAGCAAUUAGUGUCACAGUACCUUACAGAGUAGUAGACCAGCCCCUGAAACUUAUGCCUCAAGACUGGGAUCGAGUUGUGGCUGUUUUUGUACAAGGUCCUGCUUGGCAGUUCAAAGGUUGGCCAUGGCUUCUCCCUGAUGGAUCACCAGUUGACAUAUUUGCAAAAAUUAAAGCCUUCCAUCUCAAGUAUGAUGAAGUUCGUCUAGAUCCAAAUGUUCAAAAAUGGGAUGUAACAGUAUUAGAACUCAGCUAUCAUAAACGUCAUUUGGAUAGACCAGUUUUCUUACGUUUCUGGGAAACAUUGGAUAGAUACAUGGUUAAGCAUAAAUCUCACUUGAGAUUCUGAAUCAUUUAAUUCCUCCUUUUCUGAAAAUCUGGAUUAAGAAGCAUGGAUAUAGCUUGAUCUACAGACUGAAACCAAGCUUUAUGAAUUCAUCACGAACUUAUAAAUGAAGAAGGACACAGAGUAGUCUUUUAUAAGACCAUGUUUGAUGCUGUGUGCCUCCCAUCCAUACAAGCAAACUUUUUUGGCUUACAACUAUUUUUUUAAUAUUAGCCUUGUAGUCUGUAAUGGAAAUUGUAUAUUUUGAUAGAAGUUUUUUCUCUAUUGGUUAAAUUAGCAUUACUUAAAAUUUGUUUCUUUAGAAAUAAAUACAGGUUAUAAGUGUGUGUAUGUUUAGGAAUUAUUAGGCUCUUCCAGCCAUCUUGCUUCUGAUUUUUCAUUGCUCUAUGGUUCCUUUUACUGGAAAAUACUGUCAUGAUGGUAUUAAAUUUUAUUAGACUAUAGAACUUCAAAACCCUAUUGAAGGGAAGUGACUAUUAAAUCAGUUGAAAGUCAGCCUGUGUGUAUACUGUCUAUACUAACUCAUGUUUAAAAAGGAAUAAUGAAAAAUCAAGAACAAGUCUUGACUUUCAGUUGAAUUGUUCAGUCUUUCCAAGAUUUCUUUUGUAAAUGAAUACAUUUAAUGAAUGUACAUUCUCUGUUGACUUUGAUGAUUUUAAACUUAAAGUGAUAUAUUUCUAUCUGGGGUGUGUUUCCACUUGAAAAGAAAUCUUAAAAAAAAGAUUAAAGUGAAAUAGACUGUAGUGAUUUUUACUUGGGAAGCUAAAGUAUGAUUUGGGGGAAUGAGUAUGUGUCAGCGUAGUUACAGUGUAACUUGAACCUCUUCUGACUAUGAUUCUUAUUUUAUAUAUGCGAUAAGAUUUUGAGUCUUCUAUUUGUACACAUGUCAACUUGGGACUUCUUAUCUUCCAUUAUCCCUAAAUAUUGAUAAAUUCCUGGGCACCAAAGAACACAUUUGCUUACGUGUCUGAACAGAAACAAGAUAAAAACACUGGUAUUUUUAUGUGUGUGUGUUCAAUGUGGUAUAAAAUAUAAAACCUAUAUUUUAACUUAGUAAAAUAUUUUACUAUUCCUCUACUUUAGACAGAGUGUUGCACCCAAGCUGCAGUGAGUGACCAUGUUCCUUGAGUCCUGGUUUUGUCUUUUACUACUUAAGAACUGUUCAUUCCUUGAAAAUGAUUUUUGUCAUCAGAGCAGUUUUUGACUAUCCACCUUGUAUCUUAUUCUCCUCAGUGACUAUCUCUUAGGUUAUCACAUUGUGGGAGCACAGUAAAACAUUUAGCUCUCCCUUUUAUCCAGGUGAAUUUAUUUACUUAGUGAAUUUAUUUACUUAACAAAUAAGUAAAUUUAUUUACUUAGCCUCUUAGAAUUUAAUGCUUUUGUAAAGAUGAGAAACAAUUAUUAUUUAUUUUCUUAACUUCCAACAAAAGUCCAUUAUCAAUAAAAAUGAGAAGGUAUUUACUCAGAUGGAAUCCAGGGGCCUCUCCAGAAGAAAAGCAGCUAAUGUUUUCAACGACUUCGGUACUUUUGUGGUUUUAGUAGGUUCUGUCCACAGUUUCCCGUUCUUGACAUUCUUUUCUUGAUGAUAAAAGAAAACUCACUUUGUUCACAGAAUUUCUCAGCAUACAAAUUAUUCUCAAAUUAUGUAUUGAAUAAACUUCCUCCAUAGUGAAAUAGUCAUCGACUCAAACCUGUAAUACUUUAAUGUAAGAUUACUUGUUAGGACCACUUACCAAGGACAUGAACUGCCUACCAUCUUUCCAUAAGAUGUUUGGUAUUUGUUCUUAAUAACUGAAGUUUGAUUGAUUGCAGGAUAUGGUUAAAAUCUGUAUCUGCUUUGUACAUGGUUUAUUUUCUAUUUUAAAUUUGCUUCGCAUAUAGUCACCUGCUUCUGGAUAUAGUCUUUGGCAUCAAUGGAGCCAGCACUGUGCUUUCCAUGUAUCUUGGAAUCAGAUCCUUUGUGUGCACUAGGAUUUCUUGUUCUAUUUUUAAGAUUUAAAAAAUUUUCAAUGUAUCAAGGUAGUGAGUUUCAUGGCAGCAUUUUGAAGGAUCCAUGGCAUCUUUCAUUGUCCUUUUCCUUGCCCUAGCUCUCUUGCUUCCAUUUUCUUUUUCUUUGCUAUCACAUGUAUCAAUUUCUUUCUCUUUUUCUACCUCACCACCUCUUAGUAGCUCGUCUUCUUUCUGUAUCGUAGUCUUUGCUUCAUUAUCUAUACAUAGACAUGGAUAUAAAUUAAAAAUUAUUCUCAAUUUUGUGGCCCCUUAAGUAGGUUUAUGAAAUUUAUAAUGGAUAAUUAUAAAAAUAACAGGAAAAGGAAAUGGAAAAAGCAUCCACUGUGCUCUCCCAGUCAUUCAUUAGUCUCUUGUGACUCAGUUCUACAGCAGCACCUAACACAGUACUUUGCGCAUUUAGGCAUUCAGUUGUUAAUUAUAUGUGUAAAUGGAUGGUAUAUUUUCAGCAUAAGUCCAUUAACACAGUUCUGACUUUAUUUGAUCUUAAAAUUUGAGAAUACAGUAUUAUAGGGCAUGUGAAUAGAUAAUUUAAUGAAAAUGAAGUACACAUUACUAAGUUCCGCUUCCUUUAAGUUAUUAACAGAGGUACUCCUGCCAGCUUUACUUAAAGGAAGGUUCUCUAUUAUUUAUAAUCUCCUAAGUAGCAGUAAGAAAAAUUAUGUAGUUUUAAAACAGAAGAGACGUUUAAACUUUUGGAGAUAUUUAAAAAUAUUAAUAAUUUUCAAAAGUUUUUCAGGAAAAAUUUUUUGAGAAAGGGGAAAGAUUCACCUAUUUAUAUUGUUACUGGAAGUAGUGCCAGCAUUAAAGGUCUUGUUUUCUCCUUUUUUCAUCUCUGUAUGUUUUAUGUGUGUGUGGAUUUAUUUUUUGAGGCCACUCUUUGCACUAGACCAUCUCUUCCAUUGGAGAUAUCGGCCUGUAUCCCCAAAUGACAAAUUCAAGUCUUAUUUAUUUAAGGAGUAUUUUGCUGUUUAAUAUUUAAACAACAUUUAAUAUAUUUCAUUAUUAAUUAGUAUUAUAGCUUACAGUUUGUUUCCUGUUUGCUUAUUGCUUUACUAAGUAUUUUUUUAGCAGAGGCAGAAUGGCAGCUUAUACAGGAAUAAGUAAUUCAUGGUGACAAAAACCUCAAGGCUUUUAUGUUCAAGGAACUAUUAUUUUCUUUGCUGUGCAGAGUAGAAUACAGCUUAAUUAUGAAAAGAAAGGCACAGUCUGAGUUAGUUUACACAUAAAGUUUUCACCUAAAGAAGAUUCAUUAUCUAAUAAACACUGAAGAGACUUUUACCUAAGUAAAAAUUUCUGUUACUCUUAACACAAAGUGAUGACAGUGUUCUGUUUUGGAAUGUGGGCAGGGAUUAUAUAUUACACUGAUGAGCUAUGCAAGAUUGUUUUGAUAUUUUACAUUAUCUUACAAUAUUAUAACAUAGUAGUUAGUGAAGCUGGUUAAAAUCAGUUAUUUCAAAGGUGGCUUUAAAUUAUGUUGGGUUUUGGGUUUUUUUAUUGUUAUUUGUUGGCUUGAGAAUAAACCCAGCACCAUCUGCAUUCUAGGCAAGCACUUCGACCACUAACUUACACUCUGAACCAUGAAUUGUGAAAUUAAAUACAGAAUCAUAUCUAGAGAAGUUUAUUUUUGUUUUUAUUCCCCUACCCCAGGGAAAGUUCUUGAAGUAUGAGUGUGAGUGCUCAUACAUGUAUGCACAAACAAGUCAAAAGAACUGCCAUUCUGUCGCUCAAGUUCAUGUAGAAUGUUGAGAAAAUUGAGAAGUAGAUAAAAUCUGUAGAAAUUUAUUUUUAAGUGAAAAGCUGGUGGUGUUUUUCAAAUAAAUGAAAUUUAAAUUAUAUUCACUUUGAAAUUACUGAACUGACUGUUCAUUAUCCACUUGUGUUUAAUUUUCACAUGGUGAUUCUCUUUAAUUUUAUAGUAAAAUGGAGAACUGACUAACUUUGACUUAGAGAAUUUGAUUAGGGAUUCAAAUUAGGUCCUAAAUUUUCUGGUAUAUUCAUGGCCAUGUUUAGAACUGUGUUGGCCCUAACAUAGUUUCUACACUGACAUGUUGGCAGACAGUUAAAGAAAAUUUGCGAAUGUACAAUAGUUGUAUAAAUAAUUCUUUUUAAUAAGUUCACAAUAGGUUAAUCAUGCUUUCAGGUCAUUGAUGUAUUUGGGAUUUUGUAUUCUUAAGAGGAUCUUGAAAGUUAUAAAUGACCAUAUACUGAAAUGCAGGAAGCAUUUUUUACAUGAAUAAAGUUUAUGGACUACAACUAGUUUUGUGCCAAAAUUUAAAAAGAUGGGAUUAUAAUAUGUCAAACGUUCUUUCCAAGUAUUUUGUAUGCUGUUAAGUUUUGUUUCUAUUUUAAAUGUAAGUAAAGCUACUUAACCUCCAACUUGGGUUAGACUUCUGAAUAGGUAACUACUUUCCAUAGUAGUAUCCACUGUAACUGCUUGCUUAAUCAUUAACUAGUGAUGUUUAUGAAGCAGAGCAGUUCCUGAAUAGAGCUUGCUUUGAAGCCUCUGUUAUCUGAUGAAAUGUUCCCAUACUCAUUUCAUUUUGGGAGCUUUUUAAAUUGUGAGCUUUAUUUUACAACUGUUUUCAGUUAAAAAUCUUGGGAAUAUAUCUACCGUCCCUUAAUUCCCCCCAAAAGACUUGAGACAAAACAGCAAAGUAAAUGUGUGUGUGUGUGUGUGUGUGUGUGUACAUGUACGUACCCAAUGUAUACCUGUAUACCUACUAAGAAGACGGAAGUAUUGUGAGUUUGGGAUGUUGUCUUUAUGUAAAGUGAUUCAAUGGGAUUUGUUAGGCAUAGUAUUUCUGUUCAGGAAAUAAAGAUGUUUACUUUUUGGAACCAAUGAGUUAAGUCCUGUUAGUUUCUUUUUUUCAGUUAAUAAGUUAAAUCUUUUCUAGAAUUCUUCACAAAGGCAGCUGAGGUUUUAUGGCCUGCUGAACUUAAAAUUGAAGUAUGUCAAAUUUCUUGUUAUUGUAAUAGUAUUAAAACUAUGUCCCAGUAUUUUACAUAUAAAUAUCCUGAUUUUAACAUAAAUUUCAAAACCACAUUCCCAUAUAAUUAAAUAAUUAAUGUCAUAUUGACAAUGCCAGAAAUAUGUGAAUCUGAUGUAAUGAAGGACUUAGUGGGCCAUAUUUAAAUUCAAUUUUUGUUUUUGUUGUGUGUGCUCAAUAAAUAUGAACUUCUGUUUCCUUCAGUCAUCUGUUCAUAGAUCCAUAUCUUUGUAACUAAAACAGAAAGUGAAUGUGCUGUUGUGUUUUUUUUUAAGACUCAGGUAUGCAUAUUACAAAUAUAUACCAUAUUGCUAAGUAAGCUUUUUUCUUUAACAUUUCCAAAAUAGUUCUUUUUUUUACUUAAGUGUAUAAUGAUCAGCCUCUAGGGUGAAUUGAAAAGCUGAACAGCAUUUUUUUUAAAUGACCAUAGAAAACUUAAUCAAGUAGCUCUGAAAUCUGUCUAAUGGUUACCUGAAGAACCUUUGUCCCAGAAUUGAUAAUUUGUAUUUCAUCUUUAUUUGAAGAAUACUGAACUCAUGUACAUAGAGCUGAGGUCACACACUGAAGAUGAAAACAUCUGAGAGAUUAUGUUUCUACGUUUUGAUAUUUUAUUGGACUCUACUUCCUUUGCCAAUGAAUUCCUAGCAGAGAAUGCAGUAGGUCAUUCACUGUGCUAAAACAUGGUUAUGUGUUCUUAGUGAACUGCCUGAUGAUGUCUUUUUUUUUUAUAAGUUGUUGGAUAAUAUACAUGUUCUUGAAAUGGAGCAGUUUUAUCAGGACUGAUCACUGCAAGAUAAUAAAAGUGAGUCUUAUGGCUCAUUAAGUUAUUUUUAGCAUCAUAUUUCUGGUAGUUUUAACUGUAAAACUGUUUGAAAUGUUUCAUGUUUAAGUAAUGUAUUUUUAUUUUGUAAUGAAUAACCCAUUACAGAAACAAGUGUAGAAUCACAAAUAAAAAUAAAUUGAGCUUUAAAAUAGUUUAAGGAUGAAAGAAGUUGAUGUUAGGCUUUGAGGAGAAGUUAUUUGAGAAUUUUUAUUUAAAAGAGAAAUACAGUAGAAUGAAUUUGGGAGCUAGGUAGACCUCUGAUGUGGUUUUUCUCCAGCAACAUUUAGCUGCUAAUUGCAAAUGUGUAGAGAAUCAAAAUUAGAUUGAUGCUUUCAUUUAUGUAUUAGUGAUUGAUUGACUUAGGUGUUUUUGGUGGAAUUAGAAGCAGGCCAGGAAGUUAGAUUAAUUUUCAAGGAUGAUGUGAGUUAGAUUCGUUUGCUAGGAUGAUGUGAGUUGACAACAGGCAGCAUUCAACUUGUACAAAGAAUAAAUCAUGGAGAAGAGCCAGUGGAAGUAAAAAGAUGGCACUUCUGUACACUCAAAGCUUCUAUAACAUUGUUCUUGAGAGAAGAGAAGGGGACAUUGAGUGGGAUGUAGAAAAUGAAGAUUUUCAUAAAGUGCCAGUACCAAAGUCAUUUUUUAUGCAUCUCUUACAAACACUAACUUGAAGAGUUGAGAGCUGACUGCUGAGUGCUAGAACAAGGCAUCCCUGAAUAUACUAAUGGGAGGGAAAGAUUUCAUCUUCUGGAGAACUUUUCUUUGACUUUUCUGAGUUCCUUGUUUACCCACUUUGUUCUAGACUUGGAAUAAAUACUUACGAUGACACCAACCUUUUCUGACAGCGUUUCUUAAACGCUAUUCUGAUUCUUACUUAAAUCGUCCUAUGUCUCUUUCAUUGUUAGUAUGAAGUGGUUGGUAUGCCUUAUGCUUUUGGUGGCCAGGUUUUUUUUCCAUCUAAUCCUUCCUCACUUUCCUACCAAUACCUUAAUUGUCCAGCUGCUACCCAGCAUUAUUCCAUUUUUUUCCCCAGAAGUGACCUUACCUUUUCUUGAUAAAGGAAACGAGCCAUGGACUUUGAGAUACUGUAUUACUUAAUUCUUGAAUACACAUGCAAGCAUCUUUUCUUCCUGUUGGUCUAAUGUCCAACUCAUUAGGGACUUGUAUUUCUCUACAACUUAUGUAGUUUUGCGGGAUUUACCAUAUUUUGUCUCUUGCAUAUUCAUUUUGUCACCCUGUAGUUAAACUUUUUGCACACAUUUGUCGGUAUCUUUUUGUUGGUAUGGUUUUCUUAAACACCAGUGGUGUUCUGGGAAAAGGCUUGAUUACUUUCACCCACUUCCCUUUCUGCCAGUGAUCUUUCUUAAUCACUAGACAAGUUGCAGUGGCACUAAGGAUACGUUUACAGUCUGUUUGGUCUGUAUGGAGUUGGGGCUCUAAACAUUGAGUCUUUCAAAAGUCAUGGACUUAGAUGACACAUUGUGCUGACAAGGUGUACAGAACUUUCCAGUGUACUUUCUGGGUCUCAUGGGGAGCUCAGUUUCAUUAUGCUUGAAGAAAGCAAGUCUUUAAAUAGGGGCAAAACUGGAGAUUUUGUUACGUUUUAAUUGACAACCUGCUGGUUAACAGUCUUAUCAGCCCACAAAAUAGAGGUAAUUUGCUUCUUGUCCAUGAUUAUUACUGUUUAGAAUAUUUCAUGGUAUGAUUUGUGCCAAAGUUGUAACCAGUAGACAAAGGAAAGUAGAGACCAAAAAGGAGAAACAAAAAGGCCCUGUUGGUUGAGAUGGAGGACAGUUUGAAAUUUCAAAUGUUAUCUCAGAAAAUUUAUAAGCUAGGCUUUCUAUAGAUCAAAACAAAACCACCAAAGACCUCUGGUAGCCAAGGUUGGUACCAGAUUAAUAACUUACUAAGAAGGCAAAACUUGAAAGACACAUAAGGUCAAAACCUCUAGGAGACAAAUACAGAAUACUGAGUGAGGCUAAGAAGAACCAACCAGUAAAUGCAAGAAGAUGUAUUGGGCACAACAUGUAAUUAUUAGAGGAAAUUUCCAGUAAAAAAUUUCCAAAAGUUUCCAGGAAACAUUGAAGGAAAAGAUGGGUCUAGGCAAUUGCUUCAUUUGAAUGUUUAUUGUUUAGUUUAUUGUGCCAGUGACAAAUACUGUGCUAAUGAACAAAAACUAGUCACACUCCCCCUGGGAGGGGGAGAUAGAUACUAAACAACUGUUUUCUGUAGUCACAAAUGAUGCAUUAAAAAAUGAAGCAGAGGAAUAUUUUGGAAUAAAGUGGUAGCAGAGAUAACCAUUUUACAACACUAAGGAUCACACUCAGCGCCUUGUACCAUUUUAUAUGGAUUGCUAGAGGCAAAUAAAUUGACAUUUGUUGAAUAGGUAAAGAAGUUACCCUUGUGACUAUGAGAAGUACUCCAGAUAGUGUUCCAAGGCCAUCAGCUAGGAUCAUAUUUGCUAUUUUAUUAAUUUCUUAAUUUACAUUUCAAAUGUAAAUUUGAACCCUUUCCUGGCUUCCCCUCCAAAAAUAGCCAGAAGCUGGAAAGAACCCAGAUAUCCCUAAACAGAGGAAUGGAUAUAGAAAAUGUGGUAUAUUUACACAAUGGAAUACUACUCAGCUAUUAAAAACAAUGAAUUCAUGAAAUUCUUAGGCAUAUUUGCUAUUUUAAAGAUAGACAAGGAGUCCACUGGACUUAGUGAGGCAUCAGGAAUUGACAUGUGAAAGCAGAUGCAACAGGGAACAAGAUUCUGUUCUUAAGGGGUCAGGUAAGAUCCUUUGGCUGUGGCUUUAAUGCAGAAGCUGUUACGGAGAUUUUGAGAGGAAUAUUUAAGUGAUUUAAGAGUCUACUCUGACUGGUUAAAGAGUAAGCCAUCUUUAGUUAAAAAGGGAAAACCCAGGAAGACCAGAUAUUUAACUAUUGCAAUAAUUUAGAGAAGUAAUGAAGGUAUAGGCUACUGUGAUAUUGAUGGAAAAGUGACAAAUGAUUAGGUUUUGGAGCAAAUUUGAAAGUACAGAGAUGUAGUAUAUAAGACAGUGUAGUCAGUAACACUCUAACAUUUUUUUUUCCUUUUGUGUGAGGAGCUGAAAAAUUAUUCCUCCUAAGUAAAGUGUUCAUGAUAGUGAAAGUAUGAAAUUUGGGUAGCUGAGAGGAUCCGUUUACCUUUGAAAUGCCCAUUAACUGCACAAGAAGAGGUGUGGGUCUUUGGGUUUCAGGCUAGAAAAAUGUUCAAAUGAAAAAGAAAAGUACAUUUCUAGAUCUUUUGUUAAGGUUAUUUGCAGAUGCAUAGACAAUGCCUAUAGCUAUCUGAGGAACAUUCCCCUAAAACUUUUAAAAUAAAUUAAUCAAAAUUAAUAUCCUGUGGUAGAGUAACUGAGUAUUUGUAAUAUGAAUAUGACAUCUCAAGUGAAUAAGCCUUUUUUUUUUUUAAUGGUAAAUGUCACUCUGUCAGCACUAAGUUGUUUUUAGCAAAACCCAGAAGCAUGAAUGAAGAGAGUAAAUAUUCUGAGGUUUCAUAAACCCCGAGAACAAAGACGUGACUUCUUGGAAGAUUAAGAACCUUUGUUUUAGCACCUAGUCCAAGAAACACUGGUUCUUUAGAAAAGGCUUUCUUUCUAACGUUUACAGAAGCACUUUGGACUACUUAAAAAGAUAAUUUGUAUUGAUGUUGUGGAGAUUUUAAAAAUAAGUCUAGAUGUUAUGUCCAAGAUAUUAAAUUGCGAAGCUUGAAAUUUUUGCUAGGUAGUAAGCUAGGUUUUCAGCCACAAAAGCACAAACCAAAGUAUUUUAAGUAAGCUUUUUCAAAAUAGUCUUCUAGUAGCACUUCCCGCCCCCCCCCCUAGAAAAAUAACCUUGGACUUUUUGGUUAUCUGUUUUCAUAACUUUUAACCCUGUAAUUUAGCAAAGAGCAACUUUAGGAGAAAGCUCAGUUGUGUCAUAGUUUUGAAUUAUUAUGGCUGGCUGCCAUUUCCCCCCCACAGAGCCUCUUGUGCUAUUUUACUGUUGUGAGAGAUGUCUGUAAAUUGUUGGUGGUGAAUGAGGGAGUCAGGGCACCAUUGUCAGGGUUGUUCUUAAUUCACCUUGUAUCCAGAUCAAGUAACAGCAUCUGUAUCAAUAUAUCUGUUAUCUAUUAAUAAAGCCUAAUUUAAAUACAAAUACUCAUUUCAUUGUCCUUCCCCCUCAACUCCCCUGCCUCAGCACUUCAGUGAAUCAUCUUGCAUGCUCCCUGAAGUACGCUGCUCAGAUUUGGAGACCUAUAACACUGUACUGGUUACUUCCUUGUCAAUGUGACAAAAUAUCUGACAUGAAAUAAAAAGGAAUUAUUUGAGUUCACCGUUUCAGAGGGCUCAUUCCAUGAUGCUUGUCUCAUGUGCCCGAAGGAGCAAUUAGUGGAACCCAUUCUUCAUGUCUAGGGGACAAGAUGCACAGCAGAGGCCAGGACACUGGACUUGCUUUCCCUUUUCCUCCUGUUAUCUUGUACUCCAUGCUCCCAGCUAGUGGGCUUGGUUCCACCCACAUUCAGGGUGGCUCUUCCUCUUCAGUAGUCCUUGCUGGGACUGCUCUUUAAUUCUCAAGUUUACUAUUCUUAGUAAAGUUGGCAAUGAAGAGUAACUAUCGGGACUGGAGAGAUGGCUCAGUGGUUGAGAGCACUGACUGCUCUUCCGAAGGUCCUGAGUUCAAAUCCUAGCAAUCACAUGGUGGCUCACAACCAUCCGUAAUGAGGUCUGAUGCUCUCUUCUGGUGUGUCUGAAGACCGCUACAGUGUGCUUACAUGUAAUAAUAAAUCUUAAAAAAGAAAAGUAACUAUCACCAACCACUAGAUAAAAAAAAAAAUCUUUGUUGGAAACAUUAACUUGUAGUGAUAGGGUGGCUGUUUGGUAGGUAGUUAACAUUCCUUUUCUUUGGGUUUGUCCUAAACUUUGACUACUCUUUUUCACUAUGGUGAUGUGAACACCAUGUCACAUGUCACUGCUACAAUGACAUCCUUGUAUUCACACAUAUCUAUGUAUGAAGUAUGCACAGCUGUAUAUAUGAGUAUAUCAUGGAGAAAUGCCUGAAAGAUAAAUACACCACUGGGUCAGAGGCAGUUUUUUUUUUUUUAAAAAAUGUUUUACUUUGAAUCACAGCUGUGUUGGCUAAAGCCUAUAAUCUCAGAACUCAAGAGGCUGAGGUGAAAGGAUCACCAGGAAAUUAUGGUUUGCUUUGGCUAUGGUAUAUGAUAUAUGACACUGUCUUAAAAUAAGGAGGGGGAAAAGGCAAUUUAUAUAUGUAGAUAAAUAUCCAUGUAGCUUCUAAUUUUCUAUGCCACACAGUAUCCCUUUGAGUACGGAGAUUACAAAUGUUCACCACACCUUUUUGUUUACUUUUUUGUAUGUGCCCUCGUUUUGAGAGUGUGUAGUUCCUUUAUCUUUUCGUCAUGAGUGGAUUUAUGUAAGUAUCAUCCCAGUUGGGACAUAGAAAUACUAAACCAGCACAGAAGUUCUUUGUGUGAUCUCUACUACUAGCCCCUCCAUCCUAACUCUGGCAGUCAGCUAACCUAUUUGACUUCUUCAUAGUUUUGUCAUUUUGAAACUUACAAAACAGUAUGCAUCAGUUAGAUUCUAUGUCUGUUAGAUGAGUUCUUUUCAUAAUCUGGAAACUCACCAAUUUCGUAUCAAUAUUUUUCUUUAAUUUUUGAGUAACUGUUCAUGGUAUGAAUGUGCCACAGUCUGUUCAAAUACCUACUGAGUUGAGUAUGAGAAGUAUGAGUUGUUUCUAUUUGGGGGCAAUAAAGCUCAUAAAGCAAU